AUGUCUCCAUUGGCUCUCCCAACUAAAGCCGUUGACAUUGUCAACAUCCAUCAGAAUGACGUGGAGUUUUCCCUCGUAAAUGAGAUUCAUAAGGGCAUCAGCCCUCCGGCUGGCGUCAGGAAGUCAAUGCCAACCAUGCUUCUCUAUGAUGCUGAGGGUCUCAAGCUGUUUGAGCAAAUCACCUAUCUGGAAGAGUAUUACUUGACCAAUGCCGAGAUUGAGGUGUUGAAGACAAACUCCAAGAGAAUAGUUGAACGGAUUCCCAACAAUGCGCAGUUGCUUGAGUUAGGUAGUGGGAAUCUUCGGAAGAUUGAGAUUCUGCUCCGGGAGUUUGAACGCGUAGGGAAACAUGUGGAUUACUAUGCCCUGGACCUGUCUCUAUCAGAACUGCAGCGCACGUUCUCCGAGGUCUCCAUUGAUGAGUUCACACACGUUGGCUUCCAUGGUCUCCAUGGCACCUACGACGACGCUAUCACUUGGCUUAAUAACCCCGAGAACCGAAAACAGCCUACGAUGAUCUUGUCUAUGGGGUCUUCUUUAGGAAACUUCGACCGUCCUGGUGCAGCACGUUUUCUCUCGCAGUAUUCUAGACUCCUGGGCCCUUCUGAUAUGAUGAUUAUCGGCCUGGACGGCUGCAAAGACGCGGACAAGGUGUACAAAGCUUACAAUGAUUCGAAGGGUGUUACACGGCGGUUCUAUGAGAACGGAUUAGUGCACGCGAAUGCCGUUCUUGGGUCCGAAGCCUUCAAGCCUGGUGAAUGGGAAGUAGUUACGGGUUGGGAUGCCGUGGAAGGACGACACUGGGCAGCCUAUUCCCCAAAGAAGGAUGUGACCAUCAAUGGGGUUCCUCUCCAAAAGGGAGAAGAGCUCAUCUUCGAGGAAGCGUUCAAGCACGGACCUGAGGAGCGCGACCAACUGUGGCGUGAUGCCCAUUUAAUCCAGACUGCGGAGGUAGGCGAUGGUUCUGAUUAUCAUCUUCACAUGCUGACCUCGGCCGUCCUUAACUUCCCGACAUCUCCCUCUCAAUAUGCGGCUCAUCCUAUACCCAGCUUUGAAGAAUGGCAGACUUUGUGGAGAGCAUGGGAUAUUGCUACCAAGGCCAUGGUUCCUCGUGAAGAGCUUUUGGCAAAGCCAAUCAAGUUACGGAAUUCUUUGAUCUUCUAUCUGGGACAUAUCCCCACAUUUUUGGACAUCCACUUGACUCGAGCCCUGCGGGAAAAUCCAACAGAGCCGAAGUCCUACCAAUGUAUUUUCGAACGUGGAAUUGACCCCGACGUAGAUGACCCCGAGAAGUGCCACUCCCACAGCGAGAUCCCAGACGAGUGGCCAGCUCUUGACGAUAUCCUAGAUUACCAAGCACGGGUCAGAAGCAGGGUGCAAUCUAUUUAUCAGAGAGGCGACCUUUCGGAAAACAGGAUCCUGGGUGAGGCUUUCUGGAUUGGGUUUGAGCACGAGGCGAUGCACCUAGAGACGUUCCUGUACAUGUUGAUCCAGAGCGAGAAGAUGCUUCCUCCACCCGCUUCAGAACGGCCAGAUUUUGAGAAGAUACACCAUGAAGCUCGGAAAGACAAGAAACCAAACGAGUGGUUCUCUAUCCCGGAGCAGACAUUGACCAUCGGCCUCGAUGGUGCUGAUGGCAAUGACGUCCCUCCAGCAGCCUAUGGGUGGGACAAUGAGAAACCGGCGCGAACAGUGACCGUUCCGGCAUUUGAAGCGCAGGGUAGGCCCAUUACCAAUGGCGAAUAUGCCAAGUAUUUGCAAGCGAACCAGUCGCGCAAAAUACCAGCAUCAUGGAUCUUGACCCAUUCAAAUGAAGACUACGUGAUACCUGUGGCAGUCAACGGGAGCAGUGUCGAAGCUAUAAUGGACUUCAUGUCUAACUUUGCCGUUCGCACCGUUUUUGGACCAGUUCCGCUUGAACUUGCCCAGGAUUGGCCUGUGAUGGCGUCGUAUGAUGAAUUAUCUGGAUACGCAGAAUGGCUAGGCUUCAGACUCCCGACCUUUGAAGAAGCCAAGAGUAUCUAUCUACACUCUGCGGUACUAAAGGAGGGGAGCGGCGUAAAACAUCAUGAGGAAUUGAAUGGUCUCAGUCCGAACGGUAACCCGAACGGCGUGAAUGGGAAUGGAUACAACAAGAUCAAUCCUAGCAAGCCUCGCAUGCCGGACCACCAGCCAGUACAAUAUCCUUCCCGGAGCUCCUUGCCAGUGUUCAUUGAUCUCGACGGUUGCAAUGUCGGGUUCAAGCACUGGCACCCUACCCCAGUCAUCCAGAACGGCGACCGACUAGCCGGUCAGGGUGAACUGGGAGGCGCUUGGGAGUGGACUAGCACCCCAUUGACGCCACAUGAUGGCUUCAAGGCCAUGGAAAUCUACCCAGGAUAUACCUCCGAUUUCUUUGACGGCAAGCACAACGUCAUCCUCGGUGGUUCUUGGGCUACUCAUCCCCGAGUUGCUGGGCGUACUACAUUCUUCAGUAUGUCUCUCGAAACUAUCACAACCAUCUCCCCCUCCACCAAUCGCCCAGUCCUCACCCGGACGGGCGUCUCCCCCGAGGAGCUGCAGCGGAUCCCUAAGGUCGCGCAGGAAGCUUUCCGAUCAUUCUCCCAGUCGACCACUCUCAAACAGCGACAAGAAAUCGUCGGCCGUGCGUUGGACAUUCUCGAGAAAAAGGAAGAUGAGCUCGCCCAAGAGCUGACCGAGCAAAUGGGUCGUCCCAUCGCUUAUACCGGUGUCGAGGUGAUGACAGCUAUCAAGCGCAGCCGCUACCUAACCAAGAUUAGCGAUUCAGUGCUAGGUGAUGAGGGGAUUGUUCCUGGGGAAGAGGAGAAGGGUUUUAGACGCUAUAUCAAGCGGAGGCCAGUUGGUGUGGCGUUUAUCAUCUUCGCAUGGAACUACCCUUACUUGAUCCUCGUCAACAGUUUGAUCCCUGCUAUUCUGGCCGGAAAUGCUGUCAUCUUGAAACCGUCCCCGCAAACCCCGACGGUAGUGGAGCAGUUUGCCGCUGCCUUCGCCGAGGCCGGGUUGCCUCAGAACGUCAUCCAAUACUUCCACUGUGGAUCCCCGACAUUACUUGAAACCAUUGUCCGAUCACCUCUGGUCGAUCAUAUCUGUUUCACAGGCUCGGUGGCUGGCGGCUUGGCCGUUCAAAAGGCCGCGUCAGACCGCAUCGUCAACGUUGGGCUGGAGCUCGGAGGCAAGGAUCCAGCAUAUGUCCGGGACGAUGUGGAUGCGGCGUGGGCCGCGGAGGAGGUUGUAGACGGAGCUAUCUUUAACAGUGGGCAGAGUUGCUGCGCCAUCGAGCGGGUCUACGUGCAUAAGAAUAUACACGAUACCUUCGUUGAGGAAGUCAAGAAGGUUCUGAGCAAGUAUCGUGUUGGAGAUCCGUCUGACAAGCGGACGCAGAUCGGACCUGUUAUUUCGAAGCGCGCAAAAGAUACCAUCCAGGCCCAUAUUGCCGAUGCAAUCAAGAAGGGUGCCAAGGAUGAAACCCCUGCUAAUGAGUCAUUCGAGAACCCUCCUGCUGACGGUAACUACGUCAAGCCUACACUCCUGACGGGCGUGAACCAUGACAUGGUCGUCAUGACGGAGGAGACUUUUGGUCCUGUGAUUCCCGUGAUGAAGGUUGACAGCGACGAGGAGGCUAUCAAGCUCAUGAACAGCAGCGAGUUUGGGCUGACUGCCAGUGUCUGGACCAAGGAUGUGGCUAAGGCUGAGGAACUGAUUGAACAGGUGGAGGCGGGAACUGUCUUCAUUAACCGAUCCGACUAUCCCAGUCCGGAUCUUGCAUGGACCGGCUGGAAGAACUCGGGACGGGGUGUAACCCUGAGCCGAUUCGGAUUCGAGCAAUUCGUCAAGCUUAAGAGCCAUCACAUCAAAGCUUAUCCUAAAUAG